CAUUGGAAAACAUCUCUCCCCUCCCCUCACACACACACACACACACACACACACAGAGCAUCCUGUCAGCCAGAGGUUACAGCUUCUCGGGUUUACGCUCGCAAAGAUGUGAUUAUCUCACUUGCGCACAGAGCAGAAGCAGUUUGGUGGUUUUUCGGCUCCAGGCUCCAGCAGCUCUCAGCAGGAUCCCCUCCGCGUUGCUUCUCCCCUCCCUCAUCCCCGGAGAUGCUGCCCUGCCUGCGGAGACUCCUGCGGCCCGCCCUCUCCCUGAGAGCCGGCGCCGGGCUCACCAGAGCCGGGCUCGACAGCGGCCACGCUCCCGCCGCCUUGUCCCCGCUCUCCGCGCUGCUGCAGCGGCGCAGCCUGGGCACGCACCCGGAGCCCACGGAGCCGCUCGACUCGCCCCAGGGCGCCAAGGAGUUCAUCUACAGCCUGCACCCGACCGAGCGCACCUGUCUGCUGCGAGAGCUGCACAAGUUCGAGUCCAUAGCUAUAGCUCAAGGGCGGCUGGAAAUCGCGCCACCUACUUCAGCACAGUUAAGAUAUGUUCUGCUGCACAACGCAAUCCCUUUUGUUGGAUUUGGAUUCCUGGACAACUGCAUCAUGAUCGUUGCUGGCACUCAUAUUGAGUUAUCCAUCGGAGUUGUACUCGGCAUUUCAACUAUGGCAGCUGCUGCCCUCGGCAACCUGGUGUCUGAUCUGGCAGGACUAGGACUGGCAGGUUACGUGGAGGCCUUAGCGUCUCGGCUGGGGAUGCAGAUUCCUGACCUGAACCCGAAGCAGGUGGACAUGUGGCAGACCAGAGUCAGCUCUCAUUCGGGUAAAGCCAUUGGCGUUGGCAUCGGCUGCAUCCUGGGCAUGUUCCCUCUUCUGUUCCUAAAGGACGACGACAAGAAAAAAGAGGGCCAGACGGAGGGGAAGGAGAAAUCGGAGUCGCCACCUGCUCCGACUGAGAGCGACGAAAACUGAAACUGUCAACUUGCUGAGGACAAAUAUUAUUUGGAAUCCGUUCGAAUACUUAAACCUGGGACUGUUGGCCUCGCCUGGUGGACCGGAGUGUGUGAACACCUCACACAGUCUGAUGAUGUUUGUCACUUUGCGAGGCUGAUUCUAACAAUGGAAGGUAUUCUGAAAAGGGUUUUAGAUAUUAUUUGAUUGUACAUUUUUAACUUAAGCACAGAGACCUGACCGUCUCUUGAAGAGACAUGAGACUGUUUAUUCAUUGGACUGCUGCUACGUCAACUAUUGCACCAUAACCUCACCUCGUUUUUGACUGACCGACACAGGCUGAAACUGAUUUAUCUGACACACACACUCUGCAGUGGCCUCUUUCUCUACCCUGUUAAAUGGAGGAAGUAUAAAACGAGAGGGUGAGAUGGCAAGCAGGUUAAAUGAAAGUUAGGGCCCCUCGAAGUAUCACAGUAAAGUUUGGAAUCUACGCUAUCGGAGAUAAUUCCGAAAAAAACAUGCAUUUAGUAGAGCACUUACCUCGCCAAGGCCCCACAGUCCCCUCAUGAAACAACAUUUAAAUUCACUGGAUCCACAUAUUUAUUUGGAUCUGCACCAAAUUAUGCACACUCAUAAAUAUCAUAAAUAAAAAUCCAUGAAUUAUUCUGUGUCAACAUAACUCUUGGAAGAAAAAAAAACUAUCACAAAAUGCCGAAGAAAGGAAAGUGACAAAAUAAUCCUGGAUCCUCUCCCUUGAUUUGGAUCUGCACCAAAAUUAAAUGGGUUCCUCCCUUGGUCAUGACCCAUCUCUCAACACAAUUUCAUAGAAAUCAGUUUCGUGGUUUUUGUGUAAUCCUACUACCAAACAAACAUUAGAAACAUAACCUCCUUGGCAAAGAUGAUUAGUUGGUCACAUGGCUUUUUGACGUCGAAGGUUUUGUGUAUAUCGUCAGUCACUAAUAACCGAAGACUGAAAAGAUUCACACCAUCACACGGUGCAUUUCAGCUUGAUUCAGAAGCAUUAAGGACAUUUAAAGACCUCUCCUGUGUUUCCUAAUCAGUCUUUGAAGGUGUUGAGUCAUACAAAGAGAGAAAUCUAAUUUGCAUACUAUAUAUAUAUAUAUAUAUAUAUGUUAUAUAUAUAAACACUGUAUACAGUAUCGAGUAGAGUACAAGUACUGUAACUUUUCAGUUUUACAAAUAUAUCUCAGUCUUAAAAAGUCUUGCCAGUCUGCCUCAUCCACGCUCCAGAUAGUUUUUUUGUUACUUGUCGGUGAUUCAUUUUAUAUUAAAUACUUAUGAUUUCGCCCCUCAACAUUCUAAUAUUUACUGUGUGCAACCAGAUGGACGCAGUGCUGCUAAAGAGCAGUCUGUUACUUUCUCCAGAAGAGUGGAGCUGGAUGAGGAGAGAGAGGGAGAGCGGAAGAGCAGCAGCGACAGAAAGAUAAUAAAUCCCAUCACUGAACCACCUGAGACCUCUGUCCCAUUUGGCUCUGACCCUCUGGCCCCAACAUCAUGAGAUUGAUCUCGUCCUGCUCUGCACCAGUCGACAUUUAACCGAGCUACAGCGAAACCUCUGCCAGGGUGAGACAGCAGCAAGCCUCUGCUCCAGCUCGUGUUACACUAUGAUUAUUGCCCCGUUUGAUUCUGUUAGAAAUCUGCUGCUGCUGCUUUCAACACUAACGCACAACUACACAUUCUCCCUCUGCACCUUGAUGAGCAGUGUCUCUGCUCUACUGCCCUCCACUGGCUGAGAUUUGAAAGAGGUUUGUGUUGUAUUUCAAACACAUACAGGUGUCAUUCAUCACCUGUGUAUCUCCCCUGCUUAGUAUUCAAACCACCUCAAAGUCGAGCUUGAAGUUAUCACUUCAUAACUCUAUAAUUAAUGUUGUUAAUCGUUUAUUUUGAUCUGCAAACUGUAAUCUGCAGCAUCUGCUCGCCUAGAAACACUGCAGCAGAAGGGGCGUAUUUAAGAUGAUGAAAUACUUCCAUCAAUCCAGGUCUUGAUUCAGCUCUUUACUGAUUAUCUAAUUUAUCUUAUCACUUUUUUGGAACUGAAAACUGUUGUGUACACCUUUUAGACUGUUUAGAAGUUGAAAUGAAGCAGCCACGUGUCCCAAAAAACGUAUUUAUUUUUCUUCUAAUAUUCAUAUAUGUUGCCACUGUAUAUUCUCUUUAUUUAUCUCCGGGGACAAUGCUAAGAAAAGAAUAUAUUUGUCAACACAAAAACACAUUUGUCACUAUAUUUCCAGCAGCAACAAGAAGGACUCACCAUCUGAUUGCUGUGUGUGACAGUGCAUUACUAAACCUGCUCUGAAAACACUAACACCCCCACAGAGGAGACUUUGCCCUGUAUGAGAUUGUUUUAGUUAUUUAUAUUGUGCAGAACAGUGAUAAAAAUGAAACAAAGAAUUGAAGAUUUAUGUAGUUAGGAUUUUCUUUGAUCUCAUUGCUUGAUUUCCUUGCAUGCACUGCUAAUAAAAAAAAACUAUUGUACAUG